AGGAAGGAGGGAGCACCUGCCAAUGUCACUUCCUUCCCCACAGUAUUCCUCAGCGGCUCGUCCGGUCGGAGCAGAUUUCCAUGUAGGCGAGCAGGAAGAGCGAGUUGCCUGGCUGAGCUUUUACAUUUAGAGUGAGUGGUUGGAGACAUGCCUCAAAGGGAAUUCCAGUUAAAGAGCUGAGGCUGUAAAAUGAUCGUUUUACUUUUGAGAGGUAAAUAAGAGCGUGAGAGAGGGAGGAAAGAUGUAGGCGAUCAGAGAGCGCGAGGCGUGUGUGUGUGUAUUUUCCCCACUCGGCUUUUAUGUGUUUUCCUGCGAUUGUUGCAAGCCCAACCUUGGAGGAAUCACAAUGUCGAAGCAUGCAGCAUUGCUGUGCUGUAGCUGCAGUUAGAAGUGGGGAUGUCUGAUUCUUGGGAGCUACAGUUUGAACGGCUAACCAGGGAACUCGAAGUGGAGCGGCAGAUUGUGGCCAAUCAGUUGGAAAGAUGCAGAAUCGGAGCCGAGUCACCAGGCGCUGGGAGCAGCAGCUCAUCUGAAAAGUCCCUGCCUUGGAGAACUACAGAUGCCUCUGCCUUAGGGGACACCAAGUCACGGGUGACUGGCACCUCACAGUCGCCCAGCUACAGAAUAAGGACUGAGUCAGAGCAGGUGUCUUUGUACUCGCCAGAGCAGUCCUCCCUCCAUGAAAGUGAGGGGUCUGGAGGAAAUUCUCGUAGCUCGACUCAGAUGAAUUCCUACUCUGACAGCGGUUACCAGGAAGCUACCAGCGGUUACAUCACCAACCAUAAUCUGGGAAAAUCUGAGCUGAGGAUGCAACACUCAUUCCCAGGUUCCCUGAUGAGGAAUUCCAGAGCGGAGGGCCAAGCCUCGGCACAGGUUCCAGCGGUUACGACAGCCUUGCCAGGCCGCGCGAUGCGGAGGGUCAGCUCGGUGCCUUCUCGCUCCCACUCGCCGGCUUAUGCCAGCAAUAUCUCCCCCUCACGUGGCUCCCUGCGUACCCCAGCAGGCGGCGCCUACAGCCCACCGAUUGUAACUGAACCCAAACCCCUCUCCAGCAUCUUCUCCACCACCUUGCCCUCGGUGCAGCGCACAGGUUCCACUGCCAGUGCAGGAAAUACCUCUCCCUACUCCACUCAGAAGAACUCUCCGGCCGCACUGCGUCGCGUGGGCUCCACCAACUCACGGCCGGGCAGCCGUACGACCUCGCCGUAUCAGGCCUCUGCAGGGUCGUCGUCAGGUCGGAUGGGCUCACCUCUGACCAUGAUGGAAAAUGUCAGCCCUCAGCUGACCAAGCAGCCAAUUCACUCGUCUCCGGUCAGAUCCAGCAUGACUGCCGUGCCACAGCACUACAGCUCCACUCUGCCUCGCUCCAUGCUCCACAGCACAGACCUGUAUGGACCCCAGAGUUAUGACGUCUACGAGAGGAUGACACGACCCGACUUGCUCACAGAUGCUCUGGUGGAUGUUGACAUAAAAGGACUUCGGAGUUCAUAUGCCAGUCAGCACAGCCAGCUGGGGCAGGACGUGAGGUCGGCUAUCUCCCCAGAUCGCCAUAUUGCUCCGAUCUACGAGGAUCGCACGUUCCAGGGCCCUUUGUACCGAAGCCCGAGUCACAACCAGCCAGGAACCAUCUACAGGAGCGCAUCAGGUGUGGGCAGUCUCCAGCGGACGUCCAGCCAGCGCAGCGCCAUGACCUACCAAAGAAACAACUACGCUCUUAACACAUCCGCCAGCUUUGCUGAUCCCUAUCGCUCGGCACAGUACCGGCCCUCUGACCCCACCUAUGGUCGCCAAGCUCUUAUCGUGGACGACGGCACCACCCGCUCCCCCUCCAUUGACAGCAUUCAGAAGGAUCCACGGGAGUUCGCAUGGCGUGACCCGGAGCUGACAGAAGUGAUCCACAUGCUCCAGCACCACUUCCCCUCUGUGCAAGCCAACGCCGCCGCCUACCUGCAGCACCUGUGUUUUGGCGAUAACAGAACCAAGGCAGAGGUGUGUAGACUGGGAGGUAUCAAACACCUGGUUGAUCUUCUCGACCACAAAGUCCUGGAAGUCCAGAGGAAUUCCUGUGGAGCUCUGAGGAACCUGGUUUACGGCAAAGUGAUGGACGACAACAAGAUCGCAGUGAGAAACUCAGGAGGAAUCCCAGCUCUGCUGCGCCUGCUGAGGAAGACUGUGGAUGCAGAAGUGCGAGAGCUUGUCACUGGCGUGUUGUGGAACCUGUCGUCAUGUGACACUGUCAAGAUGACAAUCAUCCGAGACGCCUUAACGACCCUGACCAACACUGUGAUCAUACCUCACUCCGGGUGGAACAGUUCCUCCUUCGACGACGACCACAAGCUGAAAUUCCACUCAUCCUUGGUGCUGAGGAACACGUCGGGUUGUCUGAGAAACCUGAGCUCAGCUGGUGAGGAGGCCAGGAAACAGAUGCGCACCUGUGACGGCCUGGUCGACUCGCUGCUCUACGUCAUCAAAGCUUGCGUUAACACCUCGGACUUUGACAGCAAGAUUGUAGAGAACUGCAUUUGCACUCUGAGAAACCUGUCUUAUCGUCUGGAGCUGGAGCUGCCUCCGUCCAGACUCAUGGGGGAGCAUGAGCUCGACGGCCUGUUGGAGUCGCCCAGUAAAGAGGUGGACCCGGGCUGCUGGGGCCGCAAGAAAAAGAAGAAGAAAAAGAACUCGCAAGAAGAUACGUGGGACGGAGUCGGACCCAUCCCUGGCUUCUCCAAGUCUCCCAAAGGUGCUGAGAUGUUGUGGCACCCCGCUGUUGUCAAACCCUACCUGACACUUUUGGCCGAGAGCUCCAAUCCGGCCACACUAGAGGGCGCUGCUGGCUCCCUCCAGAACCUGUCGGCUGGAAACUGGAAGUUUGCAGCUUACAUUCGUGCCGCCGUGCGUAAGGAGAAGGGACUUCCCAUCCUGGUGGAGCUGCUGCGGAUGGACAAUGACAGGGUGGUGUGUUCGGUGGCUACGGCGCUGAGAAACAUGGCGCUGGACGUGCGAAACAAAGAGCUCAUAGGUAAAUACGCCAUGAGGGACCUGGUCAACCGUCUCCCCGGGGGGAACACCACGCUACUGUCCGACGAGACUGUGGCGGCCAUCUGCUGCACGCUGCACGAGGUCACCAGCAAAAACAUGGAGAACGCCAAAGCCCUGGCUGACACGGGCGGCAUCGAGAAGCUGGUCAACAUCACCAAGAGCCGCGGAGACAGAUAUUCUAUGAAGGUGGUGAAGGCUGCAGCGCAGGUGCUGAACACACUGUGGCAGUAUCGUGACCUGCGGACCAUUUACAAGAAGGAUGGAUGGACCCAAAAUCAUUUCCUCACACCAGUGUCGACUCUGGAGCGGGACAGGUUCAGGUCCCAGCCGGCUCUCUCCACCAACAACAUCCAGCUGUCUCCCAUCAACAACCCCGCUGCCAGCGCCAUGUCGUCUCCUGCCACGCUGAGCACCAGGGAGCAGAGGGAGACCCUCAGAGACUACCAGAGGACUCAGUCCGCUAUGCAAUUUUAUAACUACCAAGGAGACGUCAGUGUGCACAAGAACCACUAUACAGGGUCAGUGAAGCCUUCUUCAUAUUACUACCCUUCGCCCACACGAGAGGAGCCCAGAAGAACACAGCCGAUGUAUUACUCCGAGGAGCCCAGCAGGAGGAGCUAUGACACGUACCGGAUGUACAUGCAGCCUCCUCGCUACGACGACCCCUACAUGGACGAGGUCAUCACCUACGCUCCCACUGUGGACUACAGCUCGCAGCCUCGCACCAACUUUGUGGACAUUUACGCGAGCACGCGGAGGCCUUCGUACCGGGCCGAGCAGUACCCGGGCUCCCCUGACUCUUGGGUGUAAACAUGAAGUUGCCAAAAAGUGUUGAGUUUAUGGAGUCACGGGGGGGAACACAAGAGACAAAGCCUGUGUGUGUUUUAAUUGGAUGUGUUUGUACGCAGGAGAGUUCAGAUGGAAAGAUGGAAGGAGCGGGCGAGUGCCAAAGAAGGAAAUCCUGGAAUGUUUUUUUAAAUUAUUUUUUCAAUCUAGUGGAGGAAUGAUGAAAUGGUGCUGCGAGAGCAAGCUGGACAGUGAGUGUGUGUGUGUGUGUGUGUGUCCUGCUGUCUCGAUGUUAGUGUCAUUCAAACCUUAGCUGCGAUAUGAAGGGGCGAGUCAUGUGAGCGAGGAUCUGCCGUAAGAGUCGAGAUGGAGUGUGUGUAUGUGCCAAGCCAAAGUGGAUCAUGAACUCUAAUCUGUAAAAAAACAAAAAACAAGAGAUGAAAACCACCACAGAGGUUGUGUAGAUGUUGUACAGAGGGAUCAGAUAGUACCUGUCGUCCUUGUGUCCUGAACCGUCGUCUCCAUGUUGUUGUACAUAGAAACCUGGUUUACACUCAUCCGCAGUGGUGAUACAUGAACUUGUGCCAUAUUAGAUCUAUAGAUAUGAAUAUGAAGAACACGUGUGGAGAACAAAGUCUUCGUCAUACCAACCUGCUAUGAAAAUAAAAAGGUCAGUUUUGUUUUUUAA